AUGGCAUUCGCAGCCAUUCGCCCCUCUGGUCUGUUUCGUCCCAAGAUGACUGCUCGGAUUCCUGGUGGCUCACGUCAGAUUUCUUUCUCGUCAUACUUGGUAACACCCAAGGAACUGAACGAGGCAUUGAAAAAGAACCCUUCUACUUCGACCAAGAUUUCUACCUCGCCGCGAGUUGUUCCAUUAUGCGCAGCAUGGUUUAUGCCAAACGACCCUGAAGGGCGCAAGGGAAUUGACUCUUUCCGCCAAUCUCGCAUCCCUCAAUCUCGCUUUUUCGAUAUUGAUGCUAUCAAAGAUCCGGACUCUCCUUACCCCCACAUGCUCCCCGCCUGUGAGACAUUCGCAGAGGCAAUGAGUGAUCUGGGUAUUCGGCGAGAUGAUGAAAUUGUGGUAUACGACACCGCUGAAUUAGGAAUCUUUAGUGCGCCGCGCGUGGGCUGGACCUUGCGCGUCUUCGGACACCCAAAUGUGCAUAUACUCAAUAACUACCGCUUAUGGACCCAAGAGGGAUUCCCAACCGAGAGCGGAGAGCCCACCCCCUUGGAGAAGAGUAAAUAUUCUGUUCCGACAUAUGACUCAAAACUGGUGAUCUCAUUCCGAGAGCUGAAGGAGUUGGCAUUGGACUACGGCAAGGAGGGCGCAGAGGAAGUGGAGAUUUUGGAUGCUCGAUCUUACGGUCGCUGGGCCGGUACCGAUCCUGAACCCCGUGCAGGAUUAUCAUCGGGCCAUGUGCCUGGCUCCAAGAGUCUCUCGUUCCCUGAACUCUUGGACCCAGAGACGAAGACAUAUCGUUCUCCCGAGGAACUACGCAAGAUCUUCGAAGAGCACCAAGUGGACCCUUCGCGGUCAAUUAUUAGCACUUGUGGAACUGGGGUUACCGCGACUAUAAUUGAGACAGCUUUAGCCCAGGCUGAAUACGGAGAUCCUAAUUUGCGCCGAGUCUACGAUGGCAGCUGGACUGAAUGGGCCCAAAGAGUAAAGGAAUCAGAUGGACUUAUUAAGAAGGUGAAGCAGUGA